GUCCCUGGGUUGAGAGAAAAAAGGAACGCGCUGUAACAGAGAGAGAGCGUUCCAGUAAACCGCUACAUUGUUGACUUCAUGCUGCUCAGACCAACUGUAACCCAUUCUGCGGUUUGCUACAUUGUUGCAAGGGAUGAACUUUGAUUCUCACAUCACAUCUCUUCUACCAUUGUGGGUGUGAUUGCGCUGCAGUCAAGACGCAUAUUUGGUUUUCCCACGCAGUGUGUGUGUGUGUGUGUCACCAACGUGAACUUGGUUGCAACAUCAUUGUACAGCUCGCUUCCACGGAUUAGAGCUCAUCUGUCGGGGAGAAGCCCAGACUCAUUACAUCUGCACCACUGAGGAUAUAAUCACUGGAAAUGAAAGAGGGAAAAGGAUAACCUCAUGCACUGUGUAGACAUGAGAGGACCAAGGAGUACGUGAAGAUGUCCCAGAAGGCAACUAAAACAUGGUGCCUUAGGCUUCUCCCAAUUCUCCUCUUCUUCAUCUCCUUUGUCACAUACUACUGCUCCUAUGCCAUACUUCAGAGCUACGGAGGCACCAGCAAGUCUCCGAACAGUAGCAAGUCGCUGUGUGGUGGCUGGCUAACCCAGAAGAAAUGGGAGAGCCUUAACUUUAACAUUAGCAGACAGACGCAGCUCUUUCUGAAACUGGAGGAUUUCUUCUGGCGGGAGCAUCUGUCAAAUCUGGCAUUACCUUAUGGCGUUAAGAGCAGUGAGCUGCUGCUACUGAAAGUUCUCGCUGUGAUUGCAAAUUAUCAGGUGCCAGCCAACAUUGAAAACCUUGAAUGCAGAACCUGUGUAGUUAUAGGCAAUGGCUUUGCCAUUAAAAACAGCUCGUUGGGAAGCACCAUCAACAAAUAUGACAUUGUCAUCCGGUUGAAUGAUGCCCCAGUGAGAGGCUAUGAGGAGGAUGUGGGGAACAAGACCACCAUGAGGUUCUUCUACCCUGAGUCGGCCUCUUACAACCCUGGACUGCACAACGAGCCCGGCACGCUUAUGGUCCUGGUGCCUUUCAAGCAGCAAGAUCUCCGCUGGCUCAAAGAGAUCCUCUAUAAUGAGAAGAGGGUCAGGAAAGGCUUUUGGAAGCCCCCGCCCCAAAUCUGGUUGGGUGACGUCAGUAAAAUCAGAGUGCUGGACCCCCACUUUCUGCACCAGACUGCAGACAGACUGCUGCGGAUCCCUCUGCACCCCAAGAGCAAACAGCAGCCAGUGCAUCCUACCACGGGUAUCCUCGCUGUGUUUGUUGCUCUCAACUACUGUGAUGUAGUCCACAUUGCUGGUUUUGGAUACCCCAACACAAAGAGCCAAAGGCACCCUAUCCAUUACUACGGAUAUGACACAAUGAAGUCUAUGAAGAAUUCUUACCAUGACCUCAAUCAUGAAGCUGAAGCCUUAAAAAGACUGGAGGAUUCGGGAGCCAUCUUGUACCUGCACCCACAUCUAUGAUACACACACUUUUCCUGUUUGAUUUACAGUAAUCUCAAGAAAUGAUUGAACACCAAAUUGUAUUUGAAUUUGGUUUGGGUCAUCUCAUCCAAAUCAGAUCUUAAUGUGCCUUCUGCAAUGGGAUACAAGUCUGGUACAUCAAGUCAUCAGGUCUAACUCUGAAGAAUGUUCAUCUCACCGGCGCCUUAUAUUCUGUCAAAUUGAAAGACAUGAAGAGAGAUUUAACUGCUUUUUAAACAGCUUUCCUUCAAUUUGUCAUGUACAACAACCUUUGGUAAUGUGGCUCAGCUUCUUGCAUAGCAUUUAAAGGUUUUGAAUCAAUACUUUCAAAGUGAGUUCGCAGGACACUAGCUAUUCAUGUGGCGACCAAGUUGUCUUGUUUGUGAUAAGCAAAAUUAUGUCAGAUUUUGGAUAAUUCCAGUGCUUUGAUGUUUUUAGGGCCAUGUGAUAGUGUGGGCUUAUGACUGCCACAUCAUAGGAGUCAAGCAUUUCAGAUCUAUAACUCACAUGUUUUUGUGCAUUUCAUGCAUAUCAUUGAGCUGCAAAACUAAUCAGACCUGAUUAUUUCUCAAUGUAUACACUCACCAUGGUUUGAGAUUAAUUUUCAUUUUUAUCAAGUCAGACUGUUUUACGGUAAAGAGGUGUGUUAGAAUGUAUGGGGAUAUUUUGUGAACUUUCAAUGUACAUUUUAGUUUAAAUGAAAGGAAAAUUGAUCACAAACCUGAUUUACACAAGGUUAAAUUCACUUUACUUUUAGAUGUCUCGGACUGGAAAUACGACUUGUAUUUUUCCUGUUUGUCAGAGUUUUAAUUACAGGUGUCUUGGGGUUUUUUAAUUUAUUUAAUCUUUAUUUUUUUUUGCUUUUUUUUUCAAAAACAAUGCCAGUAAAUGGUACCACUGGAUAUUUUUAAUGUACAGAAUGAAAUACAUUUUUAAUUAAAAGGAAAUCAAAAUGAA